GUGUGUAUCUCUGUGUGUGUGUGUGUGUGUGUGUGUGGUCAAACAGUGUUUGACUGGAUGUGGAGGCAGAAUGGAGAGGACAGUUCUUUCUUUUUUGGCUGUGUGACGGGAGGAGAUAAUCUGCGAGUUUCAUUUAAUCUGCUGUAAUCCUCACACAGAUGGAACGAAACAGACGGAUGCAGGAAUUGGAGGAAAAUGGGAAAAUACUGCUCAGUCGUGUUUUGGCUUUUUUAGAUUUUUUGGCUUGAGCCACUAAGCAUGUUCACACCUGCCACUGAUCAUUUAUAUACUUUUGGUCCUUGGACACCAGAAUGUUAGAGAUGAGAGUCCUUCUGUUUCAGCCUCCCUUAAUGGUGCGUUCCAGUUGUACUUGGAACUGGGAAAUUCUGAGUUCCCAGUCUGAAAAUCAAGUAAUACACCCCUUUCCUACUGGGAAACGAGGAGCAACUCCAACUACCCCCAAGUUACGACUUGUAAAGCGAACUUUGCGUUUCAAUAUGUCCGAUCCUCCAGUCAACAGCAGAGACGUGGCUCGCCCGCCAUGUUGAAACCUCUGGUGUGACGUUGAGGCAUUCGUCCCAGCCAAAAUAUAAAAUGUUUCUUUCAGCCUUCUGUUAAAGAAUUAACAACAAAAAAUAUAUAUGAAGCUCUGAGUUAAUUCCAACAAUAAUUUAUUACUUUUUUUUGUGUGUGUGUGUAAGUUUUGGAUUCUUCCCAGCAUGGUAGGCGGGUCUGCGCUUUACUUCCUGUCUGUGGACAAAUGGCACCGGGUCGCCGCCUUGCUCUAUGGGAGCGGUCUCACUGGCCUCUUCCUCACCUCGACGCUCUUCCACACGGCUGCCUGGAAGAUCAGCCAUCUCCGGAAGGUGGAGGAACGUUUCCACAUGUGUGACCGGAUGGCCAUCUACUUCUUCAUCGCUGCCUCCUAUUCUCCCUGGUUGAUGCUGAGGGAGCUGGGACCCUGGACGUACCACAUGCGCUGGCUGAUCUGGGUCAUGGCUUGCGUUGGGUCCACGUACGUCUUUUUUUUCCACGAGAGGUACAAACUGGGAGAGUUGCUGGGAUAUGUGACAAUGGGGGCUGUUCCUGCGCUGGUCAUUCUGUCCAUGGUGGACCGCGCAGGUGUGUGUGAGCUGGCUCUGGGAGGCGUCUUCUAUGCGGUGGGCGUGGCCUUCUUCAAGAGCGACGGGCUCGUCCCGUUCGCCCACGCCAUAUGGCAUCUUUUCGUUGCGGUCGGAGCGGGCGUUCACUACUACGCCAUCUGGAGGUACCUGUACGCGGCGGGACCACAGCCGCAGACGUCCAGGUGACGGACAGCUUUUCAGCCGAUCUCAUUGGAGAAUAGAUACUGAAAGCUGCUGAAUCGAAACCCGAAGGCGGGUACUGAUGGUUGCACUUAAAUGGACUGAAGGGUUUCAUCUUGGACUGGUGCUGAUGAUUAAACUCCCAAUUUUAGGGACGAAACACCUGGUCAAAGCCAGUACAGUAUGAUAAAUGGGAGCUUUUUCUGAUAUAUUAUUGUGAUUCUGCUGUUAAAGAGCAUCAUUUGUAUUACGUUUUCAUUUGUUUCUCCAGCGUAAGGACUGGUAAACCGCAUCCAUGUGUGUGCCUAAAUAGAGAACUGUGCAAACGUUUUAAGCACUUUAUGUGUUUUUGAUUCUGAAGCUUACAUUUUUUUAAGCAAUAACUCAUAUCAUUGCUAAAAUAUUUUCUGUUGUUGCUAAACAUGGGGUUAGCAUUAAAAUAUCUUCAGUAGAGUAAUUUAAAGUGUAAAGUGUUGAAAUCGUUCACAUUUUUGUCAUGUUACAGCCACAGACGUCGAGUGUUGUGGUGGUUUUAUGCGACAGAAACCCAACAAAAAAAGGGUCCAUAAUCACGACGUGGGAGAAGAAUAAUACUGACUUAUUUUCGUUGACACUUACACUCAAGAGCUGCAACAAAAGUUUAAAUCGAGUCAUGUUCGUGAGAUUGAACGGCUCAAUUAAAGUCCAGACGUAGGUGAGGUUCUUUUUGGAAAGAUGAAAUUUUAGUCUCAAGAUGUGCUCAUUCCCCCUCUAGAGGUUUUCAGUUACAUUUGCAGUGAAAGGUUUUUUUUUUGCAAAAUACAAUACGCACCACACUUUUCAGACUUUCAUUGAUAAAGAAAUGAGAACCAUAAUUUUUUUUUUCCACUUCACAGACAUAUCGUGUAAAAACCCCAUUAAACCACAUCAACGUUUAUGAUUGCAACAUGAGAAAAUGUCAGGUUUAAGGGGUAGAUGGACUAUUGUUGGACAGGAUUAAGAAAAAAAGUAUUGUUAUAAAAGGACAUAAUGGCUGCAGUUUAAGAUAGCAAAUUAUCUCUAAAGCUAAAUGAAGGUCACCGUUGAUUGGUUGUCAGCAGAAUGUCUUUUUAUGCUUUGCUAACAUAGGAGCUACUUUAUGUUAGCAUGAAGCAAUAAUUUCCAACAUGGUGGUUUUAAAGUGGUCCAGAUUCAGAGUUGCGAAGAAUUUCUAGAGGACUUGAAAAUAGUCUUUUGGGGGUAUUUUGGCUGUUUUCAAGUUCAAGUACCAGAUCUUGACAUCCAGUCAAAAGAAGAAGAAUCAGUAUCAGAGACAGGUGCCUUAUAAGAUGCAUUAUUUUCUCUUUGGAAACCACAACAUCUGAGCUAAAAUAGUAUUUUCCUUUUGUUAAAAACGUGAAUCUGGUUUUUGCUUUUUGUUCGAUUCAACUGAACACGUUGAACAAUUUGCCUCUUUGCAACAGGCUGCUGGUAACAAAGUGCCUAAAGAACCAGUUCAAAGUGAGUUCUUUGCUCAGUUGGGUUGUGUAGGUUUACACUCACCACUGAUUCAACAACUAGCAGCGACAGUUACUGAAUGAUUUAUAGGCUGGACUUAACUGACGUAAUGAACAACAUGAAAUCGAUCAGCCGUUGGGAGUGAAAAUGAAAAGAAAUCUGUGGCAUCUCAAGAUUUUUCUCACGGUAACUGUAACCGUUUGCUCGUUUUGGGGUUCCACUUUCAAUUACUGACCUUAUCUCAAGGUGAAGGUUUUAGGGAGGCGUUCUUUUAAGGAUAUGCUCUGCGUUUGGCUGAGAAUGUCUGGUUAAAAGUCCACUCAUCG